AUAUGGAACCAUAGUUUACAAGAAUUUAUUCUUACCAGAUGACAUAAUCCUUGGUCUGGGAGGCAACCAUGUUCAUUUUAUGCCUGCAGUUCUUGCAUUUAAUUUUGCGUUUUAGCAAGCCAAUCAUUUGCAACCAUUUUAUUAAUUUUAAACAUGAUUUUUUAGUUUCUCUAGCAUAAACCUUUGUCAAAAGUUUUCUUUCCAGUGAAUUCAUCCGCCAGAUCGAGCUAGUAGGCUAACUGUUUGUCAAUUUAACGACCAAGACAACCCAGAAAUUAAAAACUCGCGCACUUUCAUUUCAUUGGCUAAAUAUGUUAUCAGAUACACCUACCACGGUUGAGUGUUGGCAGAGCUGUCACGUGAUCGAGCACUUCAACAAUCGGAUUGGCUAAGUCUCACUCCCUGAAAAUUUGGUUGUCCAGAUGGUGUUAACUCCAUUGAGAAACAUUGUUCUUAUUUCUUUUUGAAAUUGGUUGUUAUUACUUGCAUGUAAACCAAAAUCGUUAUCAAUUUUCUUUUCAGCAUCAACAUAACAUGUUUGAUCCAGAGCAUUCAGUACACCGCCCCCCAUCUGGCAAUAGUAGCAGUGCGCUGGGUACCAUGCAUUUUACCCGGGCAAAGGCACGGAGGGGAAAUACCGAGGGCGAAGGAGAAGAUUCCACAAACAAAAGUGCUGCUAAUAUGGACAGUCUCAAGCCUGUUAAACAACAUAUUCUCUGGAAGAAGAAGGCUGAGAUGCUCCAGUCUCGGGUGGAUGAGCUGGAGGAGGAAAAUGGCUUACUCAAGAAGCAACUUGAAGAGAAGUCUGCACAAGAACAAGAUGGGAACAUAGAGAUAAUGGCCACUGGAGUUGAGGAGCCACAGGCCAUGAUGCUGGACUCCAGCACUGAUACUAGCACUGAUUCAAGCUCUGAUGACUCCAGCUCCAGCUCUACCUCUGACUCUUCGGUUGAGGAAAAGAAGAAAAAGAAGUAUAAAAAGAAGAAUGGCAAGAAGAGAAGUAAAAAAAGAAAGAAGGAAAACAAAACGAUGAAGAGGUCAGGCGGAAAAGGAGAGCGAGUUGCCUCAAUUUCAGAUGUGGUGAAAAGAUAUCUGCGUGUCCUCAAACUUGUGCAAAAAGGCUUCAGGAUGACCGCAGCCUUCAAGAAAGCUCACGUUUCAAGAAAUGCUGUGAAAGACACGGCAGCAAUUGCAGAGAUUUACAUAGCAGACAAAAGUGUGCUAGACCAGUUCAAGGGUAAAUACACACUUUUGAAACUAGCACAACUUUGUCAAAAAAAAUAGCUGGUGAACUGGCAGAAAAGAUCAUUGAAAUGAAAAAUAACAAACAGCUCAUCCCCUUUUCUGCAAAGAAAGACUGAAUGUAGGAAACAGGAUGUUAGCUAAGGUUUGAGUAGAUUAAGUAGAUACGUUUUGUUUUUCAUAAUUUACAGUUCAAGUUGCUUUGCCCCUACAAUGA